AUGAAACGCAGAUACUCCCUUCGUUACUCUACCGAUGUAGCCAAGGGGGCUGUGAUGGAUUGGUGGUACACUUUGGAUGCGCGGGGGGGGCCUAAAUAUAACGAUGAAACGCAGAUACUUAUGUACCACCCAAGCCACCCUCAACACCAGUUGCGGUUUUUGAAGAAAACGAGGUGGUGCCCAUUCCCCUGCGAUGCAUGUGGUGCCACUGAGAAAGGGGACUCCUACAUCUGCACCCAAUGUGACUACUGGAUACAUGAGAGCUGCGCACUCCUCCCUGCGCCUAAGGUCUUCCCUAUUCAUCAUCACCACUCUCUUUCCCUCGCCUUUUAUCCUCCCCUUGAGUACAUCCGGUACAACUUUUAUUGUGCUAUAUGCAACACAACUUUGCCAUUUGGGCGCUGGGUCUAUCAUUGCCAUCUUUGCAGCUAUGUUGUCCAUCUCAACUGUGCCACCUCCACGGUUGGUGUUGAAAAUGAAAGUGCAAUUGACGAUGAGAAAGAGGUUACCAAGUUUCCAUUAGCAACCAGUGACAUUUAUGAGGAGAUGAUCAGACCCUUUGUCAAGCGGCAAAGAGGACAUAUUGUUGAUGAUCAUGAUGGUCACUACAUCAUAGGCGACAAGUACAAGUUCUCUUAUCACCCUCAUCUACUAACUUUUACUGCAUAUUCUUCGGGUUCUUCUUCUUCUUCUUCAUCAUCAUCCCAUCAUCACUACAAAAAUGAUGAAGAAGAAGAAGAAGGAGAUGACGAAGAUGAUUUUGUUAGUGUUCCAAGAACAAAAUUAGUAUGUGAUGGGUGCACACUGCCUAUACGUGAAAAGAAGCAAACGGAUGAUGAGUGUGAGAACGGUUACAUGAGUUGUGAUGGAUGCAAAUACUUUCUCCACUUGUCCUGCUUCAACUUACCACUUGAGAUCUCCUCUCUUCCAUUUCAUUCUCUCGAAGAUUACAAGCUAACGCUUUUAAAUGCUGGCAAGCUCAAAGGUUGGAUAUUCUGUUAUAUGUGUAAUGCUUUUACGAACGGGCUUUAUUACGUUUGUACCAGGUGCCGGUUCAACAUAGACAUCAUGUGUGCUUCUCAACCCAACGCCAUAAAACACGCUGCUCACCCACGACAUAAUUCUCUCAAGCUAGUCAGAAAGGAUUAUCGCGGUGAAUGUGUGAUUCUACCAGCAACAAAUAAGCAUAGAAUGGAUAAGCACUUGUUGCCAUUGACAUAUGAUGCUUAUGUUAACUGUCCUGGUGACUUCCACUGCAGCAACUGCGAAAGCCACAUGAACCGCAGAAGCUGGAUGUAUUAUUGUCGAGACUGCGAUCAAUCCUUUCGUCCCUACUGCUUUCCUGCUACUUCGGGCGCGUACAGAAACAUCAAAUAUGGGACAGAGCAAUAUGUCAUUUCCCGUAUUCAUGUCCACCCUCUUAGAUUUCAAAUCAUAUUCAAGAAAAAGAGAUGUGAUUUUUGUCAUGAAACUGUGUAUGAUAGGCCUGGCUUCCAAUGUGUAUCAUGCUUCUUUGUAGUGUGUAAAUCUUGUGGUAUAGAAUACAUGGAUCAUGCCUAG